UGUAUUUUAAGCAAAACGCGCGCAUAACUUCAACAUUUCCACUUCAAAUGGUUCUACCAUACCAAAAAUUUCUUGCACCAACACAGCAAUGCGUACUUUAUCGAUAAAAAUAUCGUCGCACGUGAUGGUGGUUUAGGUGAUUUCUCACUUCUGUCAAAAUGUACGUGUAUGUAAAUCAAACGCAUUGUGUUAUUGUUUAUGUUUAAUCAGCAGUGUAACAAUAUUUUGACACAGCUUGCAAAAAAUGCAAUUUAUAGAAAAUGGAUAAUCAGAAGGAAUGCAAUUACUGUCACAAAGUGAUUGACAACGACGAUUACUUAAAUUGUAACAUUUGUAAGUUAUAUAUUCACAUCAACUGUUUGAACAAUUCUACGCCAGGAGAUCUGUUGGGUGAUGUUUUCUUCGAGUUUGUGUGUUCCGAUUGCUCCCCCGAUGGAAAUGAAAGUUUCGAAAGAAUUGCUCUGCCAUGGGCUAUCUUGAUCGUACUGGCCAUUCAUAAUCUGUCAAUCCGGUCGAAAGGUCUAGGACGACAGGGAUUCUUUCAUUGGCGGAUUCACAUAGCGUGCUUCAUUGAAAAGAAUUGGACGGCAUUAAUGGGAGCAGCAAAGCGAAAAAAGAAAUGGACGGGAACAAUAUCCGGUGCACUGUCACACAAUACACCGAUUCUAUUCACGUCUGGGUUGGAAACAUUUCAAGACUCGGGAUGGUGGAAAUUGACGUACAAUCAAAGCCCUAAGCGAUAUAUGGAACUUUACCAGCAACUUCGCACAGAGAAAAAAAGUAUCGAAGUCGUGCCUCGUAUUGUACCGUCUACAUCAGCAGAUGCGGCUUCGGUUGGAUCGACUCAAGAACCAAAACGACGCCGGCUCGACGAAGAAGAAGUAUUCAGCAGAUCUUUACCAUUCAUGGGACGACAUCCUUGGAACAAACCCACAUCAUCCGAAAAGUCCAGCAGACUCAUUGUCGACUUUUUGAGCUCGGACAGCGACCAAACAAUCGACUUUCCUGAUCUGAAUCUUGACGACAGUUCGGUGGUUAGUGUACCAUUAGCGGUGAAUGACUGGCCAGAUGAUUUUAUGAACGUGGAAUUUCCGCACGAGGAAAACGAUACCGACGACAAUUCAGAGCACAAACCACGCAUUGUGCAAGUAACCAAUUUUCAGGAGGCCGGUGAGAACGAUGUAGAAUUCGGCUAUGCAGCCGAAAAUAUAAAAAAUGAGAUCGAUACCGAUACCGACGAGGACAUAGACGACUAUUCAAGGAAGUACGUUUGCGAAAAGAGUCUCUUCACGCAAUCGGUUAGACGUAGAUUACCGUGGGAAGUUGAUGGAACGACUACAGCGGAUUGUGUCGAUCAAGACGAAGACAUUGUUCCGAUGUCAGAGUACGAAGAAAACGAAAUGCUGGGCAAAUUGAGAAAUGUGAUAGAGAGCGAUAUAAUGACAGUACCGCCAUGGGUGAACCAAUUCUAUCGUAAAUUGUGCGUUCGCGAACUGAAACGAGGCCUGAUACAACCCAUUUUCGAUAUUGACCAUUUGACCACCGGUAGAGGAACGAACGGCAGUGGGCAAAUUUUGGAUCGCUAUCACUUGUUGGUUGGAACAUCGGGUCGGAAGAAAACGUUUUACUCGACAUUGGCCGGGUCCAUGGAACAUGAAAUGUUUGAAUCACCACACACUGGCAGAGUACUGCACCCGUUCAUCUAUCGGAAUUCGAAAUCAAUGCCGAUGUGGGUGAAGCUGAUGUGUGAACUUCAAUACGCUGUCAACGGUGUGCUGCCAUCACGAGCUUCCAUAGACUACUGUUACGUGAGACCACACCACAUUGCCGCUGUGAACAGCUUACUGCAAAAUAAUUUCUGGCCGGGGAUUGACAUGUCCGAAUGCCUAAGCUAUCCCGAUUUUUCAAUUGUUGCACUGUACAAAAAACUGGUAAUCGGUUGCGCGUUCCUUGUUCCGGAUGUUGGUCACUGUGCAGCCUACGUUUCAUUUAUGGCCGUUCGACCCGGAUGGCAACGAGCUGGUGUGGCUACGUUCAUGCUGUAUCAUCUCACACAAACGUGUAUGGGAAAAGACAUUACGCUGCAUGUGUCCGCAUCGAAUCCGGCCAUUUGUUUGUAUCAGAAGUUUGGUUUUAAGAUCGAAGAGGUGAUUUUAGACUUCUACGAAAAGUAUCUGCCCAAAGAUUCGAAGCAGUCGAAGCAUGCGUUUUUUCUACGACUGAAAAGAUGACUGAUGUUUGUGGUGAAAAUAAAGUUUUGUUGAAACGUAAC